AUGUCGCUCUCCACCAGCGCGGUCCUCCGCGCGACCCCCCCGCGCGCCACCGCGACCCCCCGCGCGUCCCCCGCCGGAACCCGCGCGCCCGUUCGCGCCUCGCGCGUCGCGACCGCCGUCGCCGCCGCCGACGGUGGCGUCGCCGAGUCCACCGAUGGCGCCUACAAGGCCGCCGCGACCGCCGCGCUGAACAACUGCGUCACCUCCUCCGACCUCAAGUACGGCCAGAAGUACGAGGGCAAGGUCCGCGAUACCUACGUCGACGACGAGCUCAUGAUCGCCGUCACCACGGACCGCCAGUCCGCGUUCGAUCGUCACCUGGCGUCCAUCCCGUUCAAAGGCGCGGUGCUCAACAGGACCUCCGCGUGGUGGUUCAACCAGACGAAGGACAUCGUCCCGAACGCGUGGAUCUCCUCGCCCGAUCCCAACGUCACCGUCAUGAAGAAGUGCACGGUUUUUCCCAUCGAGUUUGUCGUUCGAGGCUACCUCACCGGCAGCACCAGCACGUCGCUGUGGACGCACUACAGCAAGGGCGGCCGCGACUACUGCGGUAACCCGUUGGCGGACGGCAUGGUCAAGAACCAGAAGCUGCCGAAGAACAUCGUCACCCCGACGACCAAGGAGAAGGAACACGACCGUCCAAUCUCCCUCGCAGACAUCGUAUCCGAGGGCUGGAUGGAAAAAGACGACCUCGACUACUGCGUCGCCAAGACCUUGGAGGUUUUCGAAUUCGCGCAGCGAGUCGCCGCCGAGCGAGGGCUCAUCCUCGUGGACACCAAGUACGAGUUCGGACGCGACGCCGACGGCGUCAUCCGCCUCAUCGACGAGAUCAACACCCCGGACUCGUCCAGGUACUGGCUCGCCGACUCGUACGCGGAGAGGCACGCGGCCGGUUUGGAGCCCGACAUGAUCGACAAGGAAUUUUUGAGGCUGUGGUUUGCCGAGCGGUGCGACCCGUACAACGACGAGACGCUCCCGGCGGCGCCCGACGAGCUGGUGGUGGAGCUGUCGCAGAGGUACAUCAAGCUGUACGAGAUGAUCACGGGCGAGACGUUCGAGGUGCCGCCGCUGGACGUGGACGUGAAGAGCAGGAUCGACGAAAACGUGGGACGCGCGCUGGGCAAGUGAGCCACGAUUUAUAAACGAAUCGAUCGACUCGUCGGGAGCGCCGACGAUGACCCUCAAUCUUAGGAGGACACACACGCGACGCGUAAUGUACACAGUAGCCGUCACGCGCCUAACUAAGCCCGUCGUUCGCGCCACGCGAUCCUCGGCCACGCGCGAGUGAACCGGAUCCUGUCGUCGUCGCGAUCGCGAGAGAACCGUCGGACCCGAUUCUUAGACGCGACGACCCGCUCCGUGUGCUCCCGCUUCGCGCGCUCCGCGUCCCGCACGAUCGCCCUCGCCUCGUCCACGCUCACGUGCGACACCGCCAGUGGCCGCCCCGUCUCCUCCGGCCAUCGCGCGCCGUCCAGCGCCUUGGCGCACGACCGCGCCGAUUCCGUCGACGCGAAGACGACGAUGGCGUGUGUCUUGACGGGCUGGUUCAUCCACACCGCCUCGCCCCCGGCCGCCAGCCCCAGCCCCAGCCCCGCGCCGUCCUCCUCGCCGUCUAUAUCCUCGCCAUCAGACGCGA